ACUUUCUCACAAAGCCCUUCGAGGAGAGGUUAGCAAUAGUCAACAGAAAAGCCAUGGCUUCCUUUUUUCAUUCAUGGAGCUUUAGCCUCUUCUUGAUAGUGUUGACUUCAGCAAUGUUCAUCGGCAAAUCAAUGGCCGUAGGUUAUGGUAAAGCACGCGUACCAACAGUGUUCCGGCCGAGCCAAUGGUCGCUUGCCCACGCCACCUUUUAUGGCGAUGAGACCGCUCGCGAGACCAUGGGAGGGGCUUGCGGGUAUGGAAAUUUGUUCCAAACUGGAUACGGAACCGAUACAGCUGCAUUGAGCACAACAUUAUUCAACAACGGAUAUGCCUGUGGGACUUGUUACCAAAUAAAAUGUACGAAUGCUCCUGCAUGCUACGGGGUAAUUACAACGGUGACUGCUACGAACAUCUGCCCUCCGAAUUGGUCCAAGGAUUCUAACAAUGGUGGAUGGUGCAACCCUCCUCGAGUUCACUUUGACAUGUCCAAGCCUGCAUUCAUGAAAAUUGCUCAAUGGAAGGCUGGCAUCGUCCCCGUCAUGUACCGAAGAGUACCAUGUGCAAGAACUGGCGGGCUUCGAUUCAAGCUCCAAGGAAAUGGGUACUGGUUGCUGGUGUAUGUGAUGAAUGUAGGAGGAGGUGGUGACAUUGCCAGAAUGUGGGUGAAGGGAAGCAAAACAGGAUGGAUAAGCAUGAGCCAUAACUGGGGAGCUUCAUACCAGGCAUUUGCUAGCCUUGGAGGUCAAGCUUUAUCUUUCAAGAUCACUUCUUACACAACCAAGCAGACUGUUAUUGCAUUGAAUGUUGCUCCUCCAAACUGGGGUGUAGGGAUGACUUAUAAAUCAACUGUGAACUUCAGUUAGUACUGAUGUCAAGCUCAAUACUCCACUUAUCCUUCUUUUUUUCUAAAAGCCUCUUCGAGGCCCUGUUUUCCAUAUUUUUUUUAAGAAUUUCCUGCGUCGUAUGUGAACCAAGAAUGGAAUUUCACUUUCUGUAAUGAGAGAUCUAGUGGAAGAUGUCCAGAUUAUUUGA